UGGAGUAACAGUGAAUGAUGAAGUCAUAAAGGUUUUCAAUGACAUGAAAGUAAGGAAAUCUUCAACCCCAGAAGAAAUUAAAAAAAGAAAGAAAGCCGUUCUUUUCUGCUUAAGUGAUGACAAAAAACAAAUAAUUGUAGAGGAGUCAAAGCAGAUACUGGUUGGUGACAUUGGAGAUACCGUGGAGGACCCCUAUACAGCCUUUGUGAAGUUGCUACCUUUGAACGAUUGCCGAUAUGCUUUGUAUGAUGCCACAUAUGAGACAAAGGAAUCUAAGAAAGAAGACCUGGUAUUUAUAUUCUGGGCUCCUGAAAGUGCACCUUUAAAAAGCAAGAUGAUCUACGCAAGCUCUAAAGAUGCCAUUAAAAAGAAAUUUACAGGUAUUAAACAUGAGUGGCAAGUAAAUGGUUUGGAUGAUAUUAAGGACCGUUCAACACUUGGAGAGAAAUUGGGAGGCAACGUGGUAGUUUCACUUGAAGGAAAACCCUUAUAAAAAGACAGACAAGUGCCAUCUGGAUCUAAGGAGCUUCCAUUUCUGCAGCUCGUUCAAUUGGAAUAGUAUUAGUCUCCCUGUCCCCUUCCCUCCUCAAAAAAAUAAGUCCCUUCCCUAAUGCCCCUGAAGGAGAUGUCAUUGUUAAGCAGUCUACCAGUGAUUGCCAUUAGACUGUUUAAUCCUGGUAGUUUUAUGUAGGAUCCAAGGAAUGCUUUCACGUCAUACUCUUAGCCAAAACUGAUGUUGCAGGCAUUCCUUGCAACGUGUACAAUGAAUGUGAUAGUUAAUGUGAAUAGUCUAGCAGACAGCAAAGGGUAAGCUCAUUGAAUGCCUUGAAAGUAUUGUCCACUGGUCGGAUGGUAGACUCUAUACAGUAUUACUUACAGUUGCACUUGAUUGCAGUUCCAUGAGGCUCUUGUGCAUUCAUACACCUCACCUGCCUUGACAAGCCUAUUUUUGUGACAUGGCAGCACACAACACUAUGCAUUUAAAGCACUUUUUUGUAAUAUGUUUGACCCGCCCCCCCCCCCAAAGGAAUGCCAAUUAAGUUGCUGUAACUGUGUCAUCAAAUUAUUGUAGUACCUCAGUUUCAUUCCUGUUACAUGCAUAUCUUUAUAAAUGAAGUAGCUGUUAUGAUGCCUUUUGUUUUCCAUUGAAUGUACACUACUGAACAGGAGUAGAAGUUAUCUUGUUUACCAUGUGAGUCUUGAAACACUAAAUUUUUGUAAAACAUCAGUCAUGGUGGCAAUUUCUGUAUUAAAAAGAGCCUUAAAUGGAACAUUGUUUUUUGAGAUCAAAAACUGGCCACGCUGCAAUAAAACUUGUGGCUUAUUACAGAACGUUGCCUUGUUUUCAUUGGAAAAUAGAGUUUUUAAGUAUGUUUAAGCAUAUUUCAAAUAACUUCUGUGGAAAGUAUUGUAAACAUAAACAAUCAUUAAUCUCAUCUUAAAUAAUGCAAGUUUUUCAUUCCUAAUCAUGAUUUAGGCACUGCUUUACAAUACUUUGUGGCUCUGUUCUGAUCAUUUGAUAAAGGACCUGAUCCUAGUUUACUGUUAAAAGUAAAGAAGCUACCACUACUAGAGACCAUUAGUUCCAUGAAACACUUGCGUCAGAAACUUAAAAAUACGAAGUAAUUAAGUAUGCAGUGUGUUUUGUACCUGAAUGUUCUUAAAGUUCUACAUGUCAGAGUAAAACCUUGCACGAAAUCUUACAGCUUGCCAUCUUUUUCAGUAAGAUGAUGUGUAAUGACAGUUAUAUGCAGAAUAUGAAGCCGGUAAAUCACUUUUGUUUCUUCAGUGUUGCAGUUAGGAUGGACUUGGUACAAGAAAUAGGCUAAAUGAACUGUUCUACUUGUUAGCUUCUAUGUAAAUAGAACUGGAAAGUGUUUGCCACUACCGAGGCUUGCAUCGGGGACAUGUUCUGGCUGGGAGCCAAAUAAUGCUCUCCUUAUAGAGAAUUUGAUCUGCUCUGUGUGAGCAAUCCUCCGUUAGCCAGAGCUAUUUAUGGCAAACACAUGCUUUUGUAUCUUGUCAUCGUUAUCCACAAAUGGCAAAACUGGACAUGAUUCUUCUGGUAUGCAUAAAGGAGUGCUGUUAGGCAGCCACUUGCAGCUGAACUGUACAUGCUGCUAGAAGGAAUGCUCUUUAUCAUUACCUUAUUUUAAAAAGUUGGUAGAGUAGAGCUGUGGAUCUGUUAAAUACGGGCCCUUUAUGUUCAGUCCAUAGCCCUUUUUCAACAAGGAAGCGGAUAAUAUUCAAAAUAUUUUGGGUUGUUUUUUUUUAAAUAGUUUAAAUAACCUAGUGGUACUGUGUUUAGGCUCUCUUGUCCUGUAGAACUUUAAGACUUUGUCUCAGGCUUCUGGCUAUCCCUAUGACUUGCACACCUCAUUGUGUUAGCUGUUGUAUGUAGACUAAACUUUACUAGAAUUUAACUAAAAAGGCAUGAUGACCACUGACUUACUAAGUGUAUUAAUGAGUCUUGGUUUUGUUCUGCAAAACUCUCCUUUCAGGUACCUUUUAAGGUUGAGAAGUAACUGAUGGUAUGCAUGUUGUCUAGAUAAAAAAAAAAAAAAAUCUUUUUAUUCCUCAAAAUAGUCUAUUUCUGAUUAUUCACAUUGUGUGCAAAGCCCAGUUUAAUGUAAAGAUCUACUUUGUGCUUUAUGUUUGACUUGAGUUCAGUACAGUAUAAUGAAAUGAUCUUUUAACUGAUUUUUCACAAGGUAUAAAUGGUUUCUUUUCAAAAAGCCAAAA